AUGGCAGCUCUUAGAAAACCCUACUUAUAUGAAACAUUAGAUCAAUUCUAUAUUGAUUUUCAUACAAGAGAAGUUAUUGAUGAACGAUUAAAUAAAAUUUGUAAAAAAAUUCAAGAUCAUUUAAAUUUACAUAGUUGUAUAACACGUGUUGUACUUAAAAUGAUUGCUGAACAUUUCAAUGGUACAAUACUUAUACCAUUUCUUAAUGAAUUUAAUAAAAUUCCACGUUUUAUAUCAAUUAUUGAUAUAUUUGAUGAUUUAAUAACAUCAGUUAUACGUGAAGAUGAUUUAAUUGAAUAUUUAACAAAACAUGCAAUGACAAUCAAAGUAAUUUAUACUAAUUCUCCAUUAAAUAAUGAUGAACGUCAAAAUUUUAUUACAAAAAAUUUUAUUGAAUCAACAAAAAGAUUAUCAUCACUAUGUAUUCAUGUUAAAACAUUAAUUGAAACAAAAACUUUUGUUAAUGAAUAG